GCUGGCCCCCGUUUGUGGUUCCUCCACCAUGGUGGCCAUCUCGUUCACGCCUCUGUACGGCGUGCAGUCGUCGGAGCGUAGCUGCUGCUACCUCCUCGAAGUGGAUGACAUUGGAAUUCUCCUCGACUGUGGGUGGACCGACGACUUUGAUGUCGCGCUGCUUGAACCGCUGGCGAAAGUCAUUGACAAGGUCGACCUGGUCCUCAUCUCACAUCCAGACUUGGCGCACAUGGGUGCCCUGCCAUACGCGAUGGGAACGCUCGGUCUCAAAGCACCAGUGUAUGUGACUUUGCCCGUGUACCGCAUGGGCGAAAUUGUGCUCUACGAAGCAUACCAGGCCCGGACGAAAGAUGAUCUCGAGUUCAACCUUUUUACAUUGGAUCACGUCGACCAAGUGCUCGAGACGUUCAUCCAGCUCAAGUACUCACAGAAACUCAAGCUCUCUGGCGAAGGCGAAGGUAUUUACAUCACACCCCAUGCCGCCGGACACCUCAUCGGCGGGUCGAUCUGGAGCAUCGCGAAAGAAACCGACGAAAUCCUGUACGCUGUCGAUUACAACCAUCGAGCAGAGCACGUCUUGAGCAAGACUGUCCUGGACACGUUCACGCGCCCCACACUGCUCAUCACGGGUUCCAUGUACCUGGAAAAGCAGCAGCCCAAAAUGCGAGAUCGCGACGAACAGCUCAAAGACGAGAUCGUUCAAGUUCUGCGUCGAGGCGGCGACAUCUUGAUUCCGUGCGACAGCGCCGGCCGUGUGUUGGAGGUCCUUCAUGUUCUCGAUCAGUACUGGAUCAAACUCAAGCUGAAAGACCCGAUCGCGUUGCUGCACACGAUGAGCUUCUACACACCAAAAGCUGCGCAAGCUAUGCUCGAGUGGUGCAGCGAGCGCAUCUCCAAGAACUUUGAUAUUGGCAAGCCAAAUCCGUUCAACUUUACGCAUGUGAACUUAAUCCACAGCCUCGACGAGCUCGACCGAUUGCCGAGUCCCAAGGUGAUCUUGGCGACAUCCCCGACCCUCAACCACGGAUUUGGCAAGGACUUGCUCAUGAAGAUGGCCCCUCUGUCCACGAACGGUCUGGUGUUUGUGUCGACUCCGGUGCCGGGCACCGUUGCCGCCAACAUUCACCCCGGCACGGUCGUCAAGCUUGAAGUGUCCAGGAACGUUCCGUUGGAAGGCGCCGAAUUGGCCGCAUUUGAAGCCAAGGAACGGCGGCGACUCAUCGACGAAGCGGAACUCAAAGCUAAAGAAAUCGAGGAAGCCGCGAUGGAGGAUAUGAUGAUGACUAUUGCCGAGUACGAAUCGGACGACGAAGGACAAGCCGCAACGACACCCGCGCCUCCAACUAACAACGCUGUCCCUGCUCCUCCCAUUCCCGCCACCGACAAAGCAGCCCCGAUGCAAUUGCGCGGGUCGUUCAAAGUCGGGUUCGGCCAGUUCACGACGCCCAAAUAUCCGAUGUUCUUUACCAUGGAUACAAAGUGCGAAUGGGAUGAAUAUGGCGAGAUCAUCCGCGUGGAUGAAUUCAAAGACGUCAGCCAAGCCAAGGCCCGUCUUCGGAACAAAUCGAAGUCGUCCAGUGAAAACGUCAAUAUGGGCAACGAUGACGAUGACGACGACGACGGUGAUCUUGCCGCCGCCGCCGAUCGCCGGCCCAUGAAGACCCUUCAUUCGUCGCAACACAUUUUCAUCCAAUGCAGUGUGCGAUUUAUCGACUUCGACGGGGUUGCCGAUGGCCGCGCCAUCAAGAACUGCCUGGACAACGUCAAGCCGCGCAAGUUGAUCUUGGUGCAUGGCACUCCAGAGACAACCGCGGGACUGCAAGAGUAUGUACAAUCGACCAUGGAGCAGUGCGAAGCGGUGUAUACUCCGCAAGCAAACGAACGCAUUGAUAUCGAGUCCGACACGACAGUGUACAAACUCUCGCUCAAGGAAUCGUUGUAUUCGUCGGCAUAUUUUCAAAAGGUUGGUAGCCACGACGUGGCGUACAUCAACUCCACCGCGGAAUUCCAUGGUGCCACGUGCAUCUUGGACGUGGCCGAACAGGAAUACCACACGCCAAUGCUGUUGUCGCAAGGCAAGGUGACACUUGCCACAUUGAAGACACUCCUGGCACGCGCUGGUUUCGAAGCCAACUUUUAUGGCGGCAUGCUGGUAUGACUGCUUGGUCGUUACAGGAGCAGUCUCGUCAUGACAGACUACUUCGUAGGUGUGCGAUGACGGGGUGGUAUUGAAGCGUUCCCGCAAUAACGAAGUUGUGAUGGAAGGGACGUUGUCCACGAGCUACUACCGCAUCCGAGAUAUCCUGUACCAACAGUAUACCUUGGUCUAAGCAAUACUACACCAUCAAUCCAUCCCA